AUGGGAAAUCAGUGGGUUUGGGGGCUUCAUCUUGUUUUAUUAAGCAUGUUUUUGGUUGCAACCAAACAUACUUGUAUGGGUGCUCAAAAUUCGACAAACAGCUGCCAUGAACAAGAGAGACUAGCACUACUCGAGUUCAAACACAGCGUCAAAGAUGACUUUGAAAUGCUCUCAUCAUGGGUUGGCAUCGAUUGUUGCUCAUGGAAAGGAGUCCGUUGCGACGGUGCCACUGGAAGAGUUGUCGGUCUUCAUCUCAGAGGAAAUUAUGGCGACUCCUACGAAUUCGAAGAUGAUUACUAUGAAGAAGUUUACUACUUAGAAGGUGAUAAGAUGAACGCAUGUUUGGCUGAGUUAAGACAUCUGCAACAUCUGGAUUUGAGCGGAAAUUAUUUUAAAGAAAGUCAGAUUCCGGAAUUCAUUGGAUCCUUCAAGCAGCUAAGUUACCUCAAUCUCUCUAAUGCAUAUUUUAGUGGUAUUAUUCCCCAUCACAUUGGAAAUCUCUCCAAUUUGAAGGUUCUUGAUCUUGGUUCAAAUUAUAUGCUCACGACAGAUGAUAUGGCAUGGGUUUCUGGCCUUUCCUCACUUGAGCAUCUUGACUUGAGCUACGUACAUCUUUCUCAAGCAAACAAUGUUGAUAUGGUAUUUUACAUGAUUCCUUCAUUAACAUAUCUAAGCUUGAGUGAGUGUGGACUUACUAAUGCUGAUCUUGGUCUUCAUCUUAAUUCAAGUAAAAUACUUCCCAACAUUGAACAUUUGGAUCUUAGCUCCAACAGCUUUGAAGGUCAACUCCCUCACUUUUUUCAGAACUUGACAUCCUUAACGUUCCUUGAUAUUUCAUUCUAUAAUCUUAGUCUGGCAUGGAACUCUGUAAACCUGCUAAGCACGAUCCCUUCUUUAUCAGAAUUGCAUUUGUCACAGUGUGGGCUUCACAAUGCCCACUUUUCACCCACUUAUUUGAAUUCAAGUGCCCAUUCCAACAUACAACAUCUUGAUCUUAGCAGUAAUUCAAUUGGGGUUAGAUUUCCAUCUGAAUUAAUGAACAUCACUUCCCUAAAAGUCAUUGACCUUUCAGAUAACAGCUUGAACUCAUCAAUUCCUGUCAUGCCUAACCUUUUAAAGCUCGAUCUUUCUUUUAAUAACUUUGAGCACAUCGAGCUUGUUGGGAUUUGGAGACAAUGUCAUCUGAAGGAAUUAAGCGUUUCUGGUAAUCUUUUUGGAGGAGAAAUGAUAGGCCCAUCAUCAAACACAUCUGAAUGUUCCCACUAUGCUUUAGAGGUGUUGGAAGCAGACGAAAAUGACUUAAACGGUUCGCUUCCGGAAUCUGUUGGAAAACUAAACAAUUUAAGAGUCUUAAGUCUCUCCUAUAGCAGUUUUACAGGUUCAAUCCCUAAAGCUUUGGAGAGAUUAAGAUCUUUAGAAGCAUUAGAUUUGUCUCAAAACCAAUUAACCGGUCCCGUUCCGACAUUCCUUGGAAACCUUACCAAACUUGACCUUUCUUAUAAUCAAUUUAGCGGUUCUAUCACAGAAUCAUUGGGAAGAUUAACAGAUUUAACUCGUUUAAGUCUGCAAUCAAACCUGUUAACAGGUCCAAUCCCAGAAUCAUUGGGAAGAUUAAUAGGUUUAACUCAUUUAAAUCUGCAAUCAAACCUGUUAACAGGUCCAAUCCCAGUUACAGUUGGGCAACUCACCAAACUCGUUCGAUUAGAUAUCUCUAACAAUUCUUUAGAAGGAGUGGUUUUGGAAGCCCAUUUUGCUAACCUCUCGAUGUUGCUGUCAUUGGAUACAAGUGCUAAUCAUAAGUUGAUUUUUAAUGUCUCACAUGAGUGGAUACCUCCAUUCAUCCAAUUGAAGACUGUUCAACUUAGUUCUUGCAAGAUUUUAAAUGGAUUUCCACACUGGUUGCAAAAUCAAAGGAAGCUUGAGCGGUUGGAGUUGUCUAAUGCUAGCCUAUAUGGACUUCUACCAACAUGGUUGCAGAAUAUGUCCAUGCUUUUAACAUUAGAUCUCUCUCACAACAAACUCAUUGGAUCUUUGAUACACCUUCCAUUUAGCGAACACACCGAGAUUUUACUUCUACAAGACAACCAUUUCAAUGGGUCAAUUCCAAGAUCACUAUGUAGAAGUAGAUGGUUUGAUAUUCUCGAUGUUUCCGGCAAUCAGUUAUCUGGAAAUAUUCCUGAUUGUGUAGAGAAUCUACAAUACAUAAGGAUGCUUAUACUUGGUUCAAAUGGGUUGUCUGGAGUCAUUCCAAGUUCUUUUGGAAAUAUUGCUUCAUCAUUACAAUGGUUAAAACUGAAUGACAAUAACUUCAACGGCCAAAUUCCACAAAAUCUGAGAAAUCUGACAUCCUUAGAAGUUUUGGAUUUGGGCAAUAACGAAUUCUCCGGUAACAUACCAAAAUGGAUUGGAGAAAAUCUUACAUAUUUGGUGGUUCUCAGGUUGCAUAAAAAUAACUUCACAGGAGAUAUUCCUCAUUCUUUGUGCAAAUGUUCACAUCUUCAUAUUUUAGACAUCGCACACAACAACUUAACAGGAUCCAUCCCUCAUUGUUUUGGAGAAUUGAGCGCGAUGAAUAACGUAACAGAAUAUUUUCAACAGGAUUAUGAGAAGAAUGUUACUGUGGUCGAUCUGAUUCAAGUCAUUAAAGGAAUCACGCUUGAUUAUACAACAACAAUGGGUUUAGUUGUUAACAUGGACCUUUCAAGCAAUAAACUUACAGGAGAAAUCCCUGUAGAGCUAACUGCACUUGCUUCAUUGAUGGGUCUCAAUUUGUCUCAUAAUCACCUGAGUGGGAGUAUUCCAGAUAGCAUUGGAAACAUGAAGGCGUUAACUUCUCUCGAUUUCUCAGACAAUCAAUUAAAUGGGACGAUCCCUCCAAGCAUGGCAGCUUUGAACUUUUUGAGCUCGAUGAAUCUGUCACACAACAACUUGUCAGGAAGCAUUCCAACCGGAAAUCAAUUGCGAACACUUAUCGACCCAUCAAUAUAUGCUGGUAACAAGGAUCUCUGUGGUGCACCUCUGCCAAAUAAUUGUUCUAAUCCUGAAAACCCACCAGCCACGACAAACAAAAUCAAAUACAAAAAGGCUAAUGGGCAAAGGAAUGGUAUUAUUGGAGUUUUGGCAUUCAAGAAGCAAUGGAGACAGAAGCUUUUUAUGAUUGCAGAGGUAACAAUGGAUAAGGUAUAUGUGGCGGUUGCAGUGAGGAUUUCCAAGAUUAAAAGAGGCAGAGAAGCCUAA